CUUUGCUAGAAACUCCCCCUUUCACACCAGAGCACAGCACAGCACCAGCCGGGGUGGAUCUGAAUGCCACUGUGAUGUGGGGCUUUCAGGUGGCCAAAGAAAGGAAGGAGGAUUGACCAGGUACGUGACCUGAGAGAAAUGGGGCAUCCUGCCAUGGCAACCACUUGGGGCCAGGUGCUGCACAAAAUGUAUAGGUUAUGAACUUCUCACACCAUAGAGGAAGCAGGGAGGCCAGGCAGACAGAUAAAUGUCCAGGAGGCAGCUCAGGGUUGACUGAGUUUGUGUCCCUGGGGAGGUCCCAAGUGGCCAGCCCAGGAGGAGUUUGGACACAGGAAAGAUUUCCCUGGUUCCUCUCUGUUCUGAUUGCUUGAGAUUUGUUUUUGAGAACCUGGCCCUGACCUCUAGAGACCCUAACCUAGUGCCUUCACUCCUCACCCCACCCUCUCUGCCCUUAGGUUCUGAUCUCCAAACCUCCAAGGUCCCAGUGACUGACCAGAUGCAACGUGACCUUACCAAUCUUCAGGAAACUCUCCUUCCAAUCGACGAAAUGAUAGAACCCUCUGAAGACUCAUUUGAGACGAUGAUGGAGCGUAAGAAUCCAUCAUCAAAACAAAUGGAGUCCUCUGAGGGCUCAUCCAACACCACUGUGGAGACGGAGGGCAAUGCAGUGCAGGAGAAGGCGGGACCAGCCAAGGGCGGAGCCCAGGAAAGCAAGGAGCCCCCCAGUGGCUCUUGCCAGGAAAUAGAAGAGCUGCCUACUGAUCUACUCCAAGACAUGGAGGAGCCAUCCAGUGGCCCACAUAGGGAAAUAGAGGAUCCACCCAAUGACCUACUCCAAGACAUGGAGGAGUCAUGCAAUGGUUCUCACCAGGCAAUGGAGGAUCCACUCAAUGAUGUAUCUGAUGGGACGGAAGAAACAACGGUAAACCCAUUAGGAUCCCAGGAAGAUCAAGACGACAUGACUAACCUGGCAUCGGAAGGGUCAAGCCUUGAAGAGGAGACCCAGAGCGAAGGUCCUUCUGAAGACAUCAGGACCACAAUGUGGUCCAUCAUCUCUCUGUACUUCCAGAUGCAAGACCUCAAUGAACAACAGAGAGUAGCAGAAGAGAUCUUGGUACAGGGGAUCAAUGAUGGCCAACUGCCCUCCCCAAAACCCUUCUCAGGUGACUGCAGAGAAUACUACGAGUUCAUUGUGCUCUGCCAACUGAUCUUGCAAAGCUACCGAACAACGUUCUGCAGUGACCGCCUUCAAGUGAAGUAUGUCAUUGACCACCUCUCUGGCUUUGCCCUGGAAUGGGCUGAAUCUCUGAUCCAGCAAAAUAGCCCCGGGUUGGAAAACUUCUCAGCCUUCCUGGAGGCCAUGUCAGAAGUGUUCGAGUACAAGUACACACGGCGUGUGGCAGAGGAGGCCAUGUUCAAUAUCAGGCAGGGGGAUCGCACUGCCACCAAGCAUAUCACUGAGUUCCAGCGUCUGAUACCCACCUUAGGCUGGCCAGAUGAAGUCCUGCAGGCCCACCUGUGCCUGGGGCUCUAUGAGGAAAUCAGGCAUUUUCUGUUCCGGAUUCCUCAGCCAGAUUCCCUGGAUAGCCUGAUUGUUCUCAUCCUGCAAAUAGAAGACAAGCUGGAAGAGAGAAGCGCGAUCUUCAGGCUGCCUCCUGAGGCCCGCCCAUGGAACCUGAGCUUGAUGGACUCACCUGCGGCAGAGAAGUGGACGGUGGGCAGCUGGCUGCCCUAUUCGUUCCACCCAGGCAUCAAUCGCACCCACGUCUUCCUGCUGCUUCUGGUGAGAGUGAGUCCCUACCACAGCAUCACGGUCCAAGCUCUGGUUGACUCGGGAUCAGAAGGCAACUUCAUGGAUGAGAGGUUUGCCCAAGAGCACUAUGUGGAGCUGUAUGAGAAGCCCUACCCAGAGGUGAUUCAAACUGUGGACGGCUCAUUGAUCGGCGAGGAACCUGUCUGGCUCUACACCGAACCCCUGGUGUGCAGGCAUCAGAAUCACCAGGAGUCCACCGAAUUCGACAUCAUACCUUCACCUAACUUCUCUGUGAUCUUGGGCAUCAACUGGCUCCGACUCCAUGCCCCUGACAUCAACUGGAUUCAAGGCCGCUGCACCUUCCACUCUCCCUACUGCCUGAAGAACUGCUUCAGCCCACCCCCACCAUGCAUCGCACUGGAACAACACAGUGUGAGCCUGCUCCCCGGACUGCCGCACCUGUAUUCAGACCUGGCCGACGUGUUUAACCCGAAGGAAGCAGAUGAUGAGACUUCCGACCAGCCAAGCUCAGACGGAUCCGAUGAUCUUUCUGAAUCAGAGCCCUCUGAGCUUCAGCAGGCUGGAGACAGUGAUCACAGCAAGAUCUUUUACGAGUGUCCCUCUACCGUGCCUUGGGAACCUGUGGGUGCCAGGAUGCAAGAAGCCAGGCAGCUGGAAGAAUACUGGGAUCUGCAUGACAUGCUGACUGACAGACAGGACUACAUACAGAUGAUUCCAGAACUGUUUGACCAGUUACAUGGAGCAACAUGGUUCACAAGACUGGAGCUGCGUGGGACCAUUGUGGAAGAAGGCGUGAACAGAAGCCGAACAGAAGACAGAUGGAAAGCAGCAUUUGGUUUAGAACUGCAAGACAUGAAGAGCUACCAGCCCUUUACUCUCUCUUCGUACCCUAUCAUACCCCAGAACGUGAUUCACUUCAUCCUGAAGGACAUGCUAGGCUUCUUUGUGCUCUCUUUUGGGCAGGAAGUCCUGAUCUACUCAAUGUGUCAGGAGGAGCACAUCCAGCACGUCCGCCAGGUGCUGGUCUGCUUCAGGCACCACUGAGUCUACUGCUCCCUGACCAAGAGCCAGCUCCACCGACAGAGCGGUGAGAUCCUGGGCUUCCUCGUGACCCCCAAAGGGGUGAAGAUAAACAAGGCAGUCAUAGAUGUCAUCAUGGAUUACUGUAACCCUAGAUCCAGAAAGGAGCUCCAGAACAUGAUUGAGUCCAUGUUCCCCUACCGCCACUUUGUGGAGCACUUUGCCAUCAUCGCAGAGCCACUGGUGCAGCUGCUGCUGAGCUUUGAGCCCUUCCACUGGGGAGAUGAGGAGCAAGAGGCCUUGGAAUGCCUGAAGAGGGCAUUUCGCAGGGUGCCCCUUCUCUACCACCCCAAGCCCCAGAACCCAUUCUACUUGGAGAUGGGCAUCUCAACCUCUGCUCUGCACACCUCCCUGAUCCAAAUCGAUGAGGACACCGGCAAGACAGUCCCCUGCUCUUUCUACUCCCGAAGCCUCUCCCCUCUGGAGAUCGACUACCCCACAGUGGAGAUGAAAGUCCUUCCAAUCCGGGCUUCCUUCAUGGUGUGGUGCCGCUACCUGGAGAACACCGAGGAGCCCAUCAUGAUCCUUCUCAACACAGAGGAUCUAGCCUCUCUGAAUAAUGACAGGCUCACCGUACUUCUCCCCGGGCAUUGGGUCUUUUUCUUCUCUCACUUCAACUUUGACAUCGUGGAGUUGCCAGUCCUGGACAGCAGCUGGCCCCCGCCAGCCUGGAGAAGCUGCAAUCAGAGAGCCCUCAGGAACAGGGUCGCUCGGCCAAUCCUUUUCUUAGCCACGAGGGGUUGCCUCCCGGAUGAGACAAGCGACUCUGAAUCCGAGGAGAGUGACCACCUGUCUGAGCAGGACGGGCUGAAUGAGCCGAGCCUACGGCAGGAGCUUCCGGCCCUCAUACCCACUGAUCACAUCUUCAACAGCUUCUUGGCCAACUUCAGCAUGGCCCAGAUCUGGUCAGUUGUGCUGUACUUCUUCCGGGGCAUCUUGCACUGGAAGAGCCUCCUGGCACCCGCAUCCCUUCUGGUGAUGCUGGAGAUGAGGCAGCAGCCCGAGCUGCUGCCCACCCUUCCCAUGCAGGUGGUCUGGCCCCAGCCGCGGCACUCCCGGCGCCUCAUUCUGGACUCCCUCUCCCUCACCGUGAGCAACAGCAUGGCCACAGCCAUCACCCAGCUGUUCAGCCAGUUGCCACCCUUUGUGGGCGCCAACCCUAUCCCACCCCAAGAGCUGGCCGACCUCUUCCUGGGCCCCCAGCGCUGGCAGCAGAAUGCCCUGAAUGCCCUGCCCCCUUGGGGCCUGCGCUUCACUCCUGGCUUCUGGCUAAUGCUCUGUGAGUUCUUUGGUGUCAGGGUCAGGCACGCAGAGCGUGGCCCCCCUGCUCUGCGCCACCCCCGCUACUUGGAGCUGCACGUCGUUGGAGAUGAGGAUGUCGUCUUGCGAGAAGCCCUGCAAGACGACCUGCAACGUUACCGUCAGUGUGGCCUGCAUGACGGCCUGCAAGACACCUCGCAGGACGCGCAGGACAACGACGUGCAGGAACACUGUGCCUCUCCCAGGCCCCACUCCCCCCCAUGCAACCUGAUGGAGCCCGAUGUCCUUGACAUCCUCAACAGCUGCCUGCUCUAUGUGUCCGGACUGGAUGGCCGGCUUAGCCUGCUCAGCAGGGAGCAGGUGGCCCAGGCCCUGACCGAGUUCCUCACUACCAUCUACACUCACUUGGCACGUGCCCCUCCCGCUGCUGGGGACCAGCCCCGGGGAGAAAUGAGCCGGAAGAGCUCCCCGACCUCCAAGAUGACGACCUUGACUGAAGAUACCUCCUCCCCAGCCAGGAGGCCUCUCCUUCCUUCUCUGACCCAGCACCUGCCAACCUCUCCGCCACCUCCCCGUGCCUCAGCCAGCUUCUCGCAGACCCAGUGGCCCCUCCUGCCAGUCCUGACCCAAGGGGAACCCACUUGUGAAGGGCAAAACUUCUUCAAUUCAUCAAACAGCAUCAUCUGUGCUAAAGGGCUAUCCAACCCUCAGAGACCCAGAGCUAGCUCAAGGCUACAACACAACCCCAUCUUAAUUUUCCAGGUCCCAGGCCCUGAACUGGGAGUGAAUCAGAGAGAGGAGAGUGCAGGGAUGAGCAGAGAUGACCCCAUGACCCAUGGCCAGAUGCAGCAGCAGCAGCAACACAGCAGGUGCAGCCAAGCAAGCAGAUGCUGGGACCCCAACCCCCGUGCAUCCUGGGACACUGACCUUGGGCACUCCAUGGACUUCUUCGACCUCCGCCUCGCAUGGACACUGGACACUGUGCAGCCUCGAGCUGCCAUUGAGGGAGGGGACCCGGGAGACUGCGGAGGCGCCAGACGCCCAGCAUCCGGCCGCGGACACCCAGCCAGCUUCGACAGUGCCCCGCGGCCCAGGAGAGUCCGGAGCUACCCCUGGGCGGACCACUGGUCACCUCCGCCUCAGGCACCCCUCAUCAUGACCCAAAGGCUGCUGGGCACACACCGGGUGAUUUCUGGAACCCACAGCGCCACCACUCACCUGCACCCGGGCUACUGCUCCUCCGGCCUGCGCACCAGGCCUCCGGCAGACGGGUGCAUGAGGGGACCCUGA